AUGGGUGGAUAUGGGGCGAUUGGUCGCGAUGCCUCAGCAUCGGUUGUUUUCGCUAUCGCGGGUGCUACAAUGGACAAGAACGUGCUGAGUAUGGAAUUGAUGGCGAUACGGCAGGGUCUGAGGACAGCCAAAGCAAUGAACUGGUGGCCAUUGGUGCAAGUUCGAUCAGACUCGAUGAUUGCUACUCAAGUGUUGACUGGGAGGUUCGCUGCUCCAUGGAAUGUUCUAAGCUUGGUUGGAGAUAUACUGGACCUUACAGACUGGUUUCGAGGCUGCAGCUUUCAGCACUAUGUUCGUGAGACCAACUUCUGUGCCGAUUUCUUAGCAGGACUCCUCACUUCAUGCGGGGAGGUUCAUUACUGUAAUGAUACUUUACCUACGGCUCUCUCUACCCUUAUACGAGAUGAUGCCAAGGGCAAAAAGUACUAUAGACUAUAA